AUGAACUCACCUUCCUCGUCUUCCUCCUCCUCAAGCUCGGUUUUGGAGAAGUCCUCCUUCUCUCCCGAAGGAAGCAGCACCUCCUCCUGGUUCAUCCCUUCCACUUUCCCCGCUCUGCUCCCUCCGUCCCUCCGGCUCCUCCGGCUCCUCCGGCUCCUCCUGGUCCUCCUGGUCCUCCUGGCCUCCCAGCCCCGCCCGGCCCGGGCCUCCUCCUGGUUCCGGGUCGGGGUGGUGGGUCCGUGGGGGUGCGACCCCCUCUUCGCCAAGGCCCUCCCCGGCGUGGCGGCGCAGCUCGCCGUCGACCGCAUCAACAAGGACCCCUCGCUGUCCCGCGGCGCCGUCUUCGACUACGUCGUGCUGCAGGAGCCGUGUGAGACGUCGAGGGCGCUGGAGAAGUUCAUCGGCUUCCACGCCAAGGCGUCGGGCUACAUCGGACCGGCCAACCCCGGCUACAGUGACGCGGCGUCGAUGCUGAGCAGAGGCUGGAGCAAGGCCUUGUUUCCGUGGGGGUCCGUGGGCCCCGAGCUGAACGACGUCCGGAGCCACCCGACCUUCGCCCGCCCGGCGCCGAGGCCCAGCGGCGUGCUGCUCAGCCUCAUCCGGUACUUCAGGUGGGCCCACGUCGUCGUCGUCUCCUCGGAGGAGGACGUCUGGGUGGAGACGGCCACCAAGGUAGCCGACUCCUUGAGGAGUCACGGCCUGCCGGUUCGACUCGUCCGCUUUACGGAGAACUCGCCUCGCGCCGCCAGACGAGCUCUGACGGAGCUCCGCGAGAUGAAAGAAACACGACUCGUGGUCCUCUGCAUGCACUCGGCUCUGAUCGGCGGCGCUGCCCAGCGGCGUUUCUUGGAGGCGGCCUACGACAUGCGCCUGACGGACGGCUCCCUGGUGUUCGUGCCCUACGACGCGCUGCUCUACAGCCUGCCGCACCGCAACGUGAGCUACGCGGCGCUGCGGAGCAACGCGAAGCUGCUGCGGGCGUACGACGCCGUGCUCACCGUCACCGUCGAGUCGCCGGGGACGUCCUUCUACGAGGCCUACGGGGAGGCGGUGGAGAGGGGGGAGGUGGCCCGGACGCUGGAGCCGCAGCAGGUGUCCCCGUUCUUCGGUACCAUCUACAGCUCCGUCCUCUUCGUGGCUCACGCGGUGAAUCGGGUCCGUGAAGCCGGGGAAUGGAUGUCUGGAGGGAACCUGGCAAGACACACCGGCCACCUGGACUUCCAGGGCUUCAGCUACCCGGUCAGAACCGACGGCUCCGGAGCCGCUCUGCUGGAUUACGUCAUCCUGGACACGGACGGCCUCUCCUGGGAGCUGAGGCCGACGUACAGGAUCGACAUGGAGGCGGGUUCGGUGCACUUCCUGGGCCGAGAAAUCCACUUCCCACGAGGCUCCGGACCCCGGAAGGACUCGUCCUGCUGGUUUACUCCUGGAGUCCUCUGCUCAGGGGGCGUGGAUCUGUUCUCGACCGUCAGCUUGUUCCUCGGGGCGACGGCCGCCUCUGUUUUCGGAGUGGCGUUUAUUUACUGCAUCAGGCAACGCGUCAAUCAGAUCCGCCUGGUGAAGGGUCCGAACAGGAUCCUGCUGACUCUGGCCGACGUCACCUUCAUCAACCCGUCGCUAAGCAACAAGAAGCUGAGCGUUGACGGCAGCAGGGCGAGCGGCACGAGGAGCCAAUCAGAAGCCACGUCGCCGGUCUCCACCCAAUCACCAGCCACCUACGAGAACUCCAACGUCGUCAUCUUCGAGGGCGACUGGGCGUGGCUUAAGAGACUUCCCGAUGGCUCGUUCAGCAGCAUCAACCCCAAAACCAGCCACGUGUUUGAACUGAUGAAGGACAUGCGCCACGAGAACGUGAACCUCUUCCUGGGCUUCUUUCACGACUGCGGCGUCUUCGCCAUCGUGACCGAGUUCUGCUCCAGAGGGAGUCUGGAGGACCUGCUGCUGAACGACGAGGUCAAGCUGGACUGGAUGUUCAAGUCAUCGCUGCUGCUGGAUUUAAUCAAGGGCAUGAAGUACCUCCACCACCGCGGCGUGUCCCACAGUCGCCUCAAGUCCCGUAACUGCGUGGUGGACGGGCGUUUUGUCCUGAAGGUCACCGACUUCGGCUACAACGAGGUCCUGGAGGCCCAGAGGUUCCCCUACGAGGAACAACCUGCCGACGAGCUGCUGUGGACGGCUCCGGAGAUCCUGAGGAGCUGCCAGCCGGAGCUCCACGGCACGCCGUCCGGAGACGUGUACAGCUUCGCCAUCAUCAUGCAGGAGGUGGUGGUGAGAGGGCCUCCCUACUGCAUGAUGGACAUGUCCGCCGCAGAAAUAGUGGAGAAGCUGCGUAAGCCUCCUCCGCUGCUUCGCCCGGUGGUGAGUUCGGACUACGCUCCGCCCGAGUGCAUCCAGCUGAUGAAGCGGUGCUGGAACGAACAGCAAGACAAGAGGCUGAGCUUCGAGGAGAUCUUCGACCAGUUCAAGAACAUCAACAAGGGGAAGAAGACCAACAUCAUCGACUCCAUGCUGAGGAUGCUGGAGCAGUACUCGUCCAACCUGGAGGAGCUGAUCCGGGAGCGGACGGAGGAGCUGGAGAUGGAGAAGCAGAAGACGGAGAAGCUCCUGACUCAGAUGCUUCCUCCGUCCGUGGCCGAGGCCCUGAAAGUAGGCGGCACGGUCGAACCGGAGCACUUUGACAGCGUGUCGCUUUACUUCAGCGACAUCGUCGGCUUCACCACCAUCUCGGCCAACAGCGAACCCAUCGAGGUGGUCGACCUGCUCAACGACCUCUACACCGUCUUCGACGCCAUCAUAGGCAACCACGACGUCUACAAGGUGGAGACCAUCGGCGACGCCUACAUGGUGGCGUCGGGCGUUCCCGUGCCGAACGGCAACCGCCACGCUGCAGAGAUAGCCAACAUGGCGCUGGACAUCCUGAGCGCCGUGGGAACCUUCAAAAUGAGGCACAUGCCCGACGUUCCCGUCAGGAUUCGAAUCGGACUGCACACAGGUCCGUGUGUAGCUGGGGUGGUAGGUCUCACAAUGCCUCGCUACUGUCUCUUUGGAGACACAGUGACCACCGCCUCUCGUAUGGAGUCCAGCGGGCUGCCCUACAGGAUCCACAUUCACCAGAGUACAGUGAAGGUCCUGCAGGACUUAAACCUCGGCUACAAGGUGGAGCUCAGAGGGAAGAUGGAAGUCAAGGCGAAAGGAAUAGAGCAGACCUACUGGCUCACGGGGAAAGACGGAUUCAACAAACCUCUUCCUGUUCCUCCGGAGGUGAAAACCGCGAAAAUGGCCCACGGCUUGCAGAUGGCCGAGAUCGCCCUGUACAAGAAACAGAAAGCCGAGCAGCAGCAACAGGAAGUGCUCACAAAGAAGAAACACUGA